GACCGUUCAUAAAGUAAAGUAGCAGGGCUGCUCCCAGCUGAGUGGCCGCGGCGGCGGGCAGCUCACGGCACUGCGCACUAGGACAAGCUCAAAAGCUCAGCGAUGACAGAUCGCCGCCACUUUCCCGUCUUUUGACACAUCCGAAGACGACAAAAACGCGACCCAGCGCGGCCCGUGACACGCCCAGAGCAGAGGUCCGCACGCAGUGCUUCGCGUGCAUCCGCAGAUGCGGACAUUUCGCUAUUCAUCAUCGGUACAUUAUGCAUCGGCUACAUGCGUGAUUUCUUCGGAACGAAUGAUCGAUUGACGCACUCGACCGGCACUUUCUCCCGUGGCCGUGGAGCGCUUCACGCGUGAGCAUUGGAUCCGUCGGCGUACUGCGAGACACCGGUGUACCCCCCCCCGGACAUCUGCCCCAACAUGAUAGCGGCGCAGGCCAAGCUUGUGUACCAGCUCAACAAGUACUACAAUGAGAGGUGUCAAAGUCGCAAAGCGGCCAUCGCCAAGACCAUCAGGGAGGUGUGCAAGGUGGUAUCGGACGUCCUCAAGGAAGUGGAGGUGCAGGAGCCGCGCUUUAUCAGCUCCUUGAGCGAGAUCGACGCGCGCUACGAGGGCAUGGAGGUCAUCUCCCCCAGCGAGUUCGAGGUGGUGCUCUACCUCAACCAGAUGGGGGUUUUCAACUUUGUGGAUGAUGGGUCUCUGCCAGGGUGUGCUGUGCUGAAGCUCAGCGACGGUCGCAAGAGGAGCAUGUCCCUCUGGGUUGAGUUCAUCACGGCAUCCGGGUACCUCUCAGCGCGGAAGAUCAGAUCCAGGUUCCAGACUUUGGUGGCACAAGCCGUGGACAAAUGCAGCUACCGCGACGUGGUGAAGAUGGUGGCUGACACCAGCGAGGUGAAGCUCAGGAUCAGGGAGAGGUAUGUGGUGAAGAUUACGCCAGCUUUCAAAUGCACAGGCAUCUGGCCUAGGAGCGCAGCCCAGUGGCCCAUGCCCCACAUUCCGUGGCCUGGUCCCAACCGAGUGGCAGAGGUCAAAGCUGAAGGCUUCAACUUGCUCUCCAAGGAGUGCUACUCGUUAACAGGCAAACAGAGCUCGGCAGAGAGCGACGCCUGGGUCCUUCAGUUCAGCGAGGCUGAGAACAGGCUCCUUAUGGGGGGUUGCAGGAAGAAGUGCCUCUCGAUCUUGAAGACCUUGAGGGACCGCCACCUAGAACUGCCUGGGCAACCCCUGGACAACUACCAUAUGAAGACCCUGCUCUUGUACGAGUGUGAGAAGCACCCACGGGAGAGCGACUGGGACGAGUCGUGUCUGGGGGACCGCCUGAAUGGGAUCCUCCUCCAGCUCAUCUCCUGCUUGCAGUGCAGAAGGUGUCCUCACUACUUCUUACCCAACUUGGACCUGUUCCAGGGCAAACCUCACUCAGCCCUAGAGGCUGCAGCCAAACAAACAUGGAGACUUGCAAGAGAAAUCCUCACCAAUGCCAAAAGUUUGGACAAAUUAUAGACCAUAUUCAGAAAAUUGAUCAACACACCAACUCUGACCAGUACAAGAGCACUGAUCAAUACAAGAACUUUUCUGGGACUUGUGUGAAGAUGCAGAAAAGGGGACAUUGGGACAAAGGUACAUUUUCAAAUAAUGUAUUCCUCAGUUACUUUGACUAUUUCAACAAAUUGAAGAACGGUAUGUAAAAAUAUGCACAGAUUUUUGCUGUAAAGAAAA